GCCAUUCCCCCGUUCUUCCGUUUCGCAUUUUUCCUGAGGGUUUCGUGCCUGGAAGCAGCAAGUAGUCUCACUUCGGCGGAGCGAAUAAGCCAUGGGAGAAACAACCAUGAAGAAGGAAGUGGAAGACGGAGAUUCCACCAGAGCGUCUCCGAUGCCGCACGACGACUCGAAAUCCGCCGGGGAAGACGACGCUGCUACUCUACUGUCUCUCUCACCUGAUUCUGCUGCUGACGCUAACCCCGACACCGAUCUUGCUCCGCUCUCGGUGCAGCUGGGCAAUCCGAUUGAGAAGAGACAGAGGCGCUUGACGAUCAAGCUCUCCUGUUCCGAUUCCAAAAUUGAUCAUGCAAUGUCCAGUCAUGCAGGGAAGUGCAUAAGUUGUGAGCAACACGGGACUAGGACGGAUGUGUUGAGCACCCCUAAGGAAGUCAAGUCACCAGCUAUGAUUCGUGCUGAAGAGAUCCAAUCAAAUUUGGAACCUGAAUUUCCUAGCUUCCUGAAAGCUUUAGUCAGAUCACAUGUUGGAAGUUGCUUUUGGAUGGGUCUUCCUGGGCCUUUCUGUAGAGCAAACUUACCUAGUGAGGAUACUACAGUUACUCUGGAAGAUGAGGAUGGGAAGGAAUUCAACAUCAAGUACAUUGGAUACAAGACAGGAUUGAGUGCUGGUUGGAGACAGUUCUGUGUUGCCCAUAACUUGCUCGAGGGAGAUGCUUUAGUGUUCCAGUUAGUUGGAAACUGCAGAUUCAAGGUUUACAUAAUAAGGGCCAAUGAUUUGGCUGAAGUUGAUGGGGCAUUAGAUUUCAUGGAACAAAAAGGUCAUGUAAAUACAGUAAUGGCCAUUGUACCCAGCAAAAUUGCCAAGAAAAGACGGUGUAAAGCGCCUCAAUCAUCUUUCCUUCGAAAGAAGAAGAGGAAGACUAGCAAGCCAAGAUCAUCAUUCCAUGACACCACUGGGCAACCGCCGGCUGAGCAAUCUGAAAACGACAGUGAAGAAGUUGGUUCUGAAGUAUUGGAAGGUUUCAAAUUAUCCUUUCCUGGACUUAAGUUUAAAGACAUCCAGAGCUUUGAGGAAUUUAGCAUUGUGAUCGAAGGGUUAGUCUUAGAUUCUGAACUAACUGAAGACAUACGGAGAAAGUACUACAAGCUCUGUUGCGGUCAAAAUGCUUUCCUUCAUGAAGAUCUCAUCAAGGGGCUCAAUUUCAAGCUGGUUGCUGGGGUCAUUUCUGAAAUCAUUAGUAUUGCUGAUGCCAUGAGAGGUUGCGAUCUUUCAACUUCACGAGAUGAGUUUGCUACCUGGGAUAAGACAUUAAAAGCGUCUGAGCUUUUCGGUAUGAAUGUCGCGUUUUUACGUGCUAGGCUAACACGCCUUGUUACCCUUGCCUUUGAUUCUGAAGAUGCUGCAAAAACAAGAAGGUACGUGGAAGCUAGAACUGGGAGACUCCACAUUGAAGAUGAGAUAAGAAACCUAGAAGCAAAGCUUGUAGGACUGAAAGCAACCCAUGAAAGGUAUGGAUCUGAUGUUGAGAAUCUGAAAACAAGAGCUGAAAGAUACGAGGUCAAGUUUAACCGGGAGGUUCUCUCUCCAUGGUAAACUUUACUUUGGAUUCAAACAUCACCGAGAGUCGCCUUACCUUCACUAUGGUGUUGGAGAGUAUUUUCUUACUUGGAAACUAAGGUGUUUGGUUUCUACAUGGCAUGUUGUUGCUGGACAACAGAGGUGGAAAGCAACAGUAGUGUAGACUAGUGUGAUAAACAUGCUGUAAUGUUUCCGAAUUUAAAUGUGGUAGACAAUUAAUCGUUCAACUUUUACAUUACGUGCCUGAUGCCUCCAAAUGUAGAGAGAACACUGUAAUGAUCUUCCUGUUGUAAGCAGGGCAAUGUUGUAAUCUUUGUAGACGAUGUAAUGUUGUUUCUUGAUUUCAAGAAGAACCAUGUAUUGCCAUGUUUCUCCUCUUCCUUACAUUCUCAGCUUGCUCAAGUUCGCAUGUGACGACAUACUGCUAACAUAACAAGCCGGUUUUUGUUGUUUUGGAGAUGCAGGCAGCUACGGACCCUAUGGCUACUUCUCCCAGUAGGCUGCAAAGUCUGGCUAGAAUUAGCCCUUUUUUCUCGAUUGGAUGGAUAAUGGAUGGGGAGCCACUCUGUCUACCCUAUUGACUGUUGAGGGGGGCUGGUUUCAGCGGUAGAUUAGCCAGACUUAUCAGCAAGCUUUUGCACAGAAAAUAAAGGUGGUGGUCAUAACAAAGAAAAUGAAGCAGCCAACUACCAAGCAAAAUAAGAGGGAAGGAGGGCCGGGGGGUACUGUGGCAGAUGAAUAGGGGAGUGGGGCAGUUUUCCCCAGGAGCAUUGCUGGCUGGCACAAGGAAAGCAACAAGAG